AUGAGCCAGCGUAUCCAGAUCAUACAAACUGCUACAAUCACCUCGACCUCAGCCCCGCCGUUGAUCACAACCCCGGCUUCAAUGUUAGGGAAUUCUGAAGCAUUCUCGCCAGGAGCAACAUCCUGGACAUCGGCCUCAGUAGUGACAGCUUCAUACCCAGAGCCGUCUUCAGGAGUGACACUUUCAGUUGGUGCCUUAACAACAAUGGAUCAAGAUUCUUUGUCUACAACUUCGUCCCUAUCUUCGGCAAAUCCAAUGCAACCGGCGCCAUCAGCAUUAUCAACAGCAGUAACUACAACUGCCCCCACAACUUCUACAACGGCCCCCACAACUUCUACAACGGCCCCCACAACUUCUACAACAGCGCCUACAACUUCUACAACGGCCCCCACAACAUCUACAACGGCCACUACAACUACAUCUACAACAGCCCCUACAACUUCUACAACGGCCCCCACAACAUCUACAACGGCCACUACAACUUCUACAACAGCCACUACAACUUCUACAACGGCCACUACAACUUCUACAACGGCCGCUACAACAUCUACAACGGCCUCUACAACUUCUACAACGGCCCCCACAACAACGGCCCCGACAACUACAACGGCCCCUACAACGUCUACAACGGCCCUGACAACUUCUACAACGGGCCCCACAACAUCUACAACGGCCCCUACAACUUCUACAACGGCCCCUACAACUUCUACAACGGCCCCCACAACAUCUACAACGGCCCCUACAACUUCUACAACGGCCUCUACAACUUCUACAACGGCCCCUACAACUUCUACAACGGCCCCUACAACUUCUACAACGGACCCGACAACUUCUACAACGGACCCGACAACUUCUACAACGGACCCUACAACAUCUACAACGGCCCCGACAACAUCUACAACGGCCCCUACAACAUCUACAACGGCCCCUACAACUUCUACAACGGCCCCUACAACAUCUACAACGGCCCCGACAACUUCUACAACGGCCCCUACAACUUCUACAACGGACCCGACAACUUCUACAACGGCCCCUACAACUUCUACAACGGACCCGACAACUUCUACAACGGCCCCUACAACUUCUACAACGGACCCGACAACUUCUACAACGGCCCCUACAACUUCUACAACAUCUACAACGGCCCCCACAACUUCUACAACGGCCCCUACAACAUCUACAACGGCCCCCACAACUUCUACAACGGCCCCUACAACAUCUACAACGGCCCCCACAACUUCUACAACGGCUCCUACAACAUCUACAACGGCCUCCACAACUUCUACAACGGCCCCCACAACAUCUACAACGGCCCCUACAACAUCUACAACGGCCCCUACAACAUCUACAACGGCCCCUACAACAUCUACAACGGCCCCUACAACAUCUACAACGGCCCCUACAACAUCUACAACGGCCCCUACAACAUCUACAACGGCCCCUACAACAUCUACAACGGUCCCUACAACUUCUACAACGGCCCCCACAACAUCUACAACGGCCCCGACAACUUCUACAACGGCCCCCACAACAUCUACAACGGCCCCGACAACAUCUACAACGGCCCCUACAACUUCUACAACGGCUCCUACAACAUCUACAACGGCCCCCACAACUUCUACAACGGCCCCCACAACAUCUACAACGGCCCCGACAACAUCUACAACGGCCCCUACAACAUCUACAACGGCCCCGACAACUUCUACAACGGCUCCUACAACAUCUACAACGGCCUCCACAACUUCUACAACGGCCCCCACAACAUCUACAACGGCCCCUACAACAUCUACAACGGCCCCGACAACUUCUACAACGGCCCCGACAACAUCUACAACGGCCCCUACAACAUCUACAACGGCCCCGACAACUUCUACAACGGCCCCUAUAACUUCUACAACGGCCCCUACAACUUCUACAACGGCCCCGACAACAUCUACAACGGCCCCUACAACAUCUACAACGGCCCCAACAACAUCUACAACCCCCUACAACAUCUACAACGGCCCCCACAACAUCUACAACGGCCCCUACAACAUCUACAACGGCCUCUACAACUUCUACAACGGCCCCGAUAACUUCUACAACGGCCCCGACAACUUCUACAACGGCUCCUACAACAUCUACAACGGCUUCUACAACUUCUACAACGGGCCCCACAACAUCUACAACGGCCCCUACAACUUCUACAACGGCCCCGACAACUUCUACAACGGCCCCGACAACUUCUACAACGGCUCCUACAACAUCUACAACGGCCUCCACAACUUCUACAACGGCCCCUACAACAUCUACUACGGCCCCGACAACUUCUACAACGGCCCCGACAACUUCUACAACGGCCCCGACAACUUCUACAACGGCCCCGACAACUUCUACAACGGCCCCAACAACUUCUACAACGGCCCCCGCAACUUCUACAACGGCCCCUACAACUUCUACAACGGCCCCGACAACUACAACAGCCCCUACAACUUCUACGAAUAUGUAGAAUAUUAUUAUUAUUAUGAUUUCUUUCCAUUGAACUGUGGAGAAGUAAGUGACGAGCACGGGGACGAGUCCACCGGGACAUUGCAGCUAUAG